AUCGCGACGAAUUCGGCAGCAAUUUCAAGAAAGUUCGCGCCUUUAAAACGUUACGCGCAUAUAACAACAAGAUCGACAGACAUGCCAAUAAUAGUCGUGCAAUAUCACUGUCAUAGUAGUAGCAGCAGUAAUCGACAGCUGUCGACUGAUUAAUUAACAAGUUUUUUUUUGUUGGUUUGAAAUUUUUUAAAAAAAAUUGUUUGUUUUUAUGAACGCAAGUGCCGUGGGUUUGUUAAGUGAAAUAAAUAUAUCGGUGUAAAGUAAAAAAAAACCGUGAACAUUAUCUUGCCAAGAUGAGCAGCGGCUACAGCAGCCUGGACGACGAUGUGGAGAUGGAGCAGUUCUUCACCGCGAAGCCGACGUUCAUACAACGCGCAAGGAAUCGCUUCAUCUUGGAAAAGCAGGACAGCAAGAAAGCAAUUGAGGAAGUGUCGGAGAAACCCUCCACGUGCGGCGUGGACUUGAAAGCGAAGAUCUCCGAAUUCAACAGCCAAGUGGACAAUGGCAUGGUCAUUACACUGCAAGCGGACGACUCCUACACGGGCUUCAUCCGCGUGCACAUGUCCCUAUCGCGUCCCAUCUCGGUGGAGAGCGGCAAGCGGCCGCCCUCCAUCUACGACGCGCUGCGGAGUGGCGCUACUGCCGCCGCCGGCGCCGCCGCGUCAGCGUCGUCGUCGUCGUCGCUGUCGGUCAGCGGCGGCCUGCGGCGGCGCACGUCCUUCUACCUGCCGCACGACGCGGUGAAGCAGCUGCACGUCAGCAGCGGCACGACGGCGCGCGAGGUGAUCGAGGCGCUGCUGCGCAAGUUCAUGGUGCUCGACAGCCCCCGCAAGUUCGCCGUCUUCCAGAGGUGCGAGAGCAACGGGCAAGUCACCCUACGUAAGAUGGCCGACACGGAGCACCCCCUCUACCUGAGGCUGAUGUCAGGCCCCGACUGUGACGCCAUGCGCUUCCUGCUCAAGGAGAACUUCAGCGAGGACGUUGAGUGGGAUGCCUUCAGCCUUCCUGAGCUGCACAACUUCCUCAGAAUCCUCGACAAGGAGGAGCGGAAACACGCCGAGGUUGUCAACCGCAAUUACGCGCGCUACCGGGACCGUCUACGCACCGCCCUGGUAGACAAGUUGCCCACCUAGGCGGGGGGGGGGGGCCGCCCCCCACCCACGCGCCCCCCACCCACGCGCCCCCCACCCACGCGCCCCCCUUCCACCGCCAUCAUCGUCCCACACCGGCCUCGAUCAUCCGCGCUUCACGUCAGCCGAGGAGAGCGACGUUCAAUUGAGUGGCCGUGUAGCUCCCGGCGGUCACCGAUUCUGAGCCGUUCGAAUGUUCUCGGGUCUCAGCCACUCGACUGCGACUCUGCCGGUGUUUUCAAGCGUCGCUAAUCGAUUGCCUCGUCCCCGUUACCAAUGACGGCACCGAAAAAAAUCACUUAAUUUGGUUCUGCUGAUUUAGGUUACUUCUUAGCUCUGGGAAUUAAAAUAUCGGUUUGAAUUUAUUCAUAAUCAACGUUUUUGGGUUUAGAUCGCGUUAUUUAUAAAUGUGUCGUAACCCUCCACCACCCGACACGGCCAAUCAGUAAAAAAGUGUCACGUUGACAAAGACAAAUAGUUCACUGCUUUAGCCCACCGGUGUGUUGAAGCCACAACAUUUACAAUUUGAGUAGUACGACGUUUCGCUGGUAAUUGCAUCCAGCAUCAUCGGGCAAUUCGCCAGAAUGGUGAACACAUUUAUAAAUAACGCGAUCUAAACCCAAAAACGUUGAUUAUGAAUAACAUUGGUCGCGAAAGCCUACGUGUUAAAUUGAAUUUAGUCGUACGACGGACCUCGCGCUCGUUUGCGGAGAGUGUGUGUGUGUGUGUGGGAAGUGCUGCCCUCUACUGUAUGGGCCAGAGGUCAUUUGAAGGAUGUCAGAGGUGGCUCUGCGGGCCGUCCCCUGACACGGGGCGGGUUGCACUCUGCUCUGGGUGAGAGGUCCCAGUGGAGAUCUGGUCGAUGGUGACUUGACUGACGGUUGCACAAUCGGGAUAACAUUUGGGGGGGCGGGGGGGGAAUUGCAAGCAUCGUGAGAGGAGACAACAACAACAACAUAACAAAGGAGCGGUCAACAAGGGUCAACGUGGAAGGUGGAGUCUUUGCGAAAGACAACUCCGCAGUUCAAGUUCAUUUCAAGUUCAUUUAUUAGGUAUAGCCCUGUGAGCCAUUCGGCUCUUGAAUCGGGUGCAACCGCAACAAACAAAAAACAAAAACAUGAACAAGAAAACAUCUUAAAGUGAAUAUGUGACUAUGUGCAAACAUAAAAUCCAAAAGAAGACAGCUAAAUAUUGCAGAAAAGACACCGUACACCAACGCUGUGUGCAAAAAUCCCAGUGGGAUGUAAGUCAAACAACAACAACCACAAGACAACUUGGAUUAAGGCCAUCAGUCUUACUCCGUACUACAACAAACAAACAUGGCCAAACCAAUAAACUUUUCGAAAUCACCAAAAUAAGGCCAUGAAAGCAAUGAAAGCAGUGUGUGGGAUGUGUGGACUCGGAAGCGCGGGGUUGUGAUUUUGGUUGAGCGAUCAAACUGGCGUAGGCGUAGAUUGUGAUGAGCAGGGCUUAACUUUCGAUUUAAAGCUUUCGUGACUGCAGGGAUUCAUCUUCUUGGUUCUUUCGGUAAAGUCACUUUACUGAAAGAACCAAGAAGGGGGCUUAACUUAUCAAUGAGUGGUUUCCCAGGCCACACUGGUGGACUGGAGUAGAUGGCUCGUUGUAAUUGUUGUUGUCAGCCUGUUGUGCAAAUGCUUCCUACUAUUUUUAAAUCCUUUAUAUUAAGUUCACUUGCUUGCUUGCUUGCGCGCUUACGACCGUGCAAAUCUUUCGGUCGUUUUUUAACCCACUUCCCGUGAUCCAAUCGAGCUGAUAUUUUGCACACAGACUCGUUGUGCAACGCAAUUUCUUUUCGUGAAAAAUUUUUUCCUAAAUUUUACACUGUUUAGGGAAAACAAAUUAAAUAUUGAAUUACUAAUUGCUUAAUACUGGCAGACAAUCAUCUGAUCCAUAGGUGGCAGCCGUCUCAAGCCAGAGGACGAGAGGACUCUAGCCGCCACGCAUAUAAAGGAUUUAUAGUGAAAAACUUUGUUUUUACGGGUUAUAC